GUUUAUUUCCGGAAGUAAGUUGUUGUCAGUCUCAGACUUUCCAUCAGGACUAUCAAACCUCAAAUCUAAAGCACCGCUCCGACAGCCUCUCUAGGUGUGUCCACAUUCACAGGAUGGCACAUUGGUUUCACAGAAACCCGCUGAAGGCAACAGCGCCUGUGUCCUUUAAUUUCUAUGGAGUGGCAGGGAGCCCCGCUGCCAAUAAGAUAUGCAAUGACCUGAGGACAACCAGGGCGAGACUGCUGGAGAUGUUCACCGAUGUCACCUGCAACCCAGAGAUCAUGAAAAAUGCCACAGAUGCUUACUUCUCCCUCCUGCAAGGUUUUAUUGCAUCCUUGGAUGGAACUACACAGGAGAACAAGAUGAGGUUCAUCCAAAACUUUAAGUGGACUGACACCUUACAAGGAAACACACCAAGUGCCCAGCAGGAUGCAGUCUUUGAACUGGUCUCUAUGGCCUUCAAUGUAGCCCUGUGGUACACCAAGUUUGCCUCAAGACUAGCAGGGAAGGAAAACAUAACAGAGGCUGAAGCGAAAGAUGUUCACCGGAGCUUGAAGGUUGCUGCUGGAAUAUUCAAAAAUCUCAAGGAGAUCCACAUCCCUCGCCUCAUCACUCCGGCCGAAAAGGGCAGAGACCUGGAGCCCAGAGUGAUCGACGCAUAUAUCAUCCAGUGUCAAGCAGAGGCGCAAGAAGUGACAAUCGCCAGAGCAAUUGAACUGAAGCACAACGCCACACUCAUCGCAGCGUUGGCAUUUGAGACGGCAAACUUCUAUCAGAAAGCUGACCACACGCUGAACACCUUGGAGCCAGAGUGCAGCAGCAAGUGGAGGAAGUAUCUUCAGCUGAAGCAGCACUUUUACAUGGCUUAUGCGUACUGCUAUCAUGGACAGACACUCCUGGCGAGCGACAAGUGUGGCGAAGCUAUAAGAUCCCUCCAGGAGGCAGAAAAGUGCUACUCUCGUGCUGAGGCGCUGUGUAAAGAGUAUCGUCAGACCAAAGGCCCGGGUACCACGGCCAAACCAUCGGAGCAGCUGUUCUUCCUCAAACUGGGCGGCCUCAUUAAGAACACACUGGAGAAGUGCCAGAGAGAAAAUGGCUUCAUAUACUUCCACAAGGUCCCAGCUGAGGCGCCCCAGCUGGAGCUAAAGGCGAGUUACGGCCUGGCUGAGCCAAUCGCCUUCGAGCUGCCGUCUCUCAGCGAGCAGUGCACUGCUGAAGUCUACGCCACCUUUGAUCUGACCAAGGGAGCCAAAAACGAUAAGGCCAAACCCAAGGACGAGGAGGUGAAACCGGUGAAGGAACCAGAUUUGAAGCCCCAGAAGGACACGGGCUGCGUGGUCUCCUAAACCGUCCACCCGCUGCAUUUUCACUAUCAUGAAUUAUAACGAUGGCAUCCAUUUUCCCUUCUCAUGUAAACCUCCAUAGGAAAAAAUGUAUUUUGUUUUUGUUUUUUUUGCAAUAUUAAUCCAUGGUGUUUUACAUUUAUGCUGUAUUGUAUUUGAAUAUGACAGCCAUCAUCGUCACAUCUGAGCCAGAGCCAGUGAAACACCACAUCAUGUGGCCGCAUCCUCAAAACAUUUAACUCCAACGGAAACACCUUUAAAAACAGUGCUUUCAGUUUCUGGUUGGCGAUUAUCUCACAGUUAAAAGAAAUCAGCCUUAUGGUUUUAUUAUUGCCUACAGUGUAAACCUGUGUGGCUUAGUGAACCUUUCUGAAGCUCUGGCCUGGUUAACGAUGAUUUAAAUAAUGGAGACUGUAUUAAAUACGCUGAAAGUGGCCUAAAAAUGUAGUAGUAGCAUCCAAAAUGAUAAAGCAUUUAUAUCGAACAUUUAGCACUACAUAGAAUGUGCUGUGAAUUAUAACGAAUGAGUAAACGUAGGAAACCGCUUUCCCACAAUCAGCCUGUAUACUACCUAAAUACUGGUGUGUGAUUAACAGAAAUGCAAAUCAGCCGUGGACAGACGAGACUGCAUGUGUUGUUGCUGGUGAAUUUGGUUUGUUUUAGCUGUAGCAGUUUACAAUCAAUAUUUGAUUUGGCUUACAUUACACAUGUAUUAUAGUUUUGUUUGGUUUUUUUUGUACAUGACAUGACGUAGCUGUUUUCUACUCUGACUAUUCAUUUGAGGGAGCUUUAUCACCGGAUAAGGCUACAUCUUUCUUUACGUGAAGGCUGUGUAUUUGGGAUAUUGGCCCUUAUAACAGCAGUCUUUAAUUUAUUUCUGUUAUGUAAUAUUUUAAAAGACAACUUAAACACUUAAGACGGUAUAACUCAGAACUAAUGUUUUUGGUCGAUUUUAAUUUUCUUUCAUCGCUGAUACACGAAAUGCUUACUCUUAGACUUUUCAGCCGCUGUUUUCCAUCGUUGACACAGUUUUAAGUACUGUACAAAUACAGAGUGUUAGCCCCCUCCUUAAGUUCACAGGACGGGCGUUUGGGAAAUUAUUUCACCUGCUCUUCAGAACCUGCUUUACAGAAGUCGCUCGCAUUAUUAUAACUCGCCCAGUUUCAGAAUCAGACUCCUGGAAACUUGUAUAAACUGUAAUAUACUGCUUACAUGAACACAUUUAACCAACGUGUAUAUUUGCUUACCUGAACUAGACUCAAAGAGUAGCUAAAAGCAGAUGAGCAAAAACUCCCGUCACUAAUUUCUUUAUGCCACACUGCAGCAUCUUUGCACUUUAUUUUCAGUUGUGCGGCAAUUCCAGUUGGUUCAGAUACUCGUGGUUUGAUUUGGUUUUGACUGUCGUGUAGUUCAUUACACUUGAAGGAGUAAAUUUAAUCGCAGAAAUCAGACCAAUGCUAAUUCUUUAUUGUCAUAGAGUGUUUCACAUCAACAUGACGGUGUGGACUCUUGUAGCGCCUUCCUCUAAUAGUGUCCUUCAUGUAAAAUGUAUUUCAAAUGGUAUUAAAUCAUCCAUGAAACUCA